AUGACGGGCCAAGAUGGCUUGUCGUCAUCCUUUGUGGAGACCGUAGCGGGUUUCACUGCUGGGGUGGUCUCGACGCUGUGCCUCCAUCCGCUCGAUCUGGUAAAGACCAGACUCCAGGUCAAUCCCAAGUCUACAUCUCGUGUCGGCAGUUCAUUAAAGAUUGUCCGUGAUAUUUCCAGGUACGAAGGUGGCUUCGCUGCGUUUUAUCGUGGACUGGCUCCCAACCUGGUUGGUAACUCCACGAGCUGGGCUUUAUAUUUUCUCUUUUAUGGGAGUCUUAAGGACGGGAUGUGCAUUUAUAGGGGCAAUUCAUGGGCGCUCACAUCCUUUGAUUAUUUUCUUGCUUCUGGAACUGCAGGUGCCCUCACUUCGCUCUUAACGAACCCAAUUUGGGUAAUCAAAACCCGCAUGCUCUCAACGGGCUCUCGAUUCCCCGGUGCCUAUUCCUCCUUCACAUCUGGGGUAAGGCAGAUCUACCGUACUGAGGGUAUACCUGGUUUCUAUCGCGGCCUUGUCCCUGCUUUGUUUGGGGUCAGCCAUGGUGCUCUUCAGUUUAUGGCCUAUGAUCGAUUGAAGGUUCUACGUUCCCAUUCAACCCAGGGGUCUUCUCGAGGCUCGGAACAUGGAAACAAGACACGGGAACUUGACAACAUGGACUUCUUCGCCCUAUCUAGUCUCUCAAAGCUCUUUGCGGGCUGUGCUACCUAUCCUUACCAGGUGAUAAGGUCUCGCCUACAGACCUAUGAAGCCCAUCUGAUGUAUCGUGGUGCUACUGAUGCUAUAAUGCAGAUCUGGACUCGUGAGGGAAUUCAUGGCUUCUAUAAAGGCAUGGGCCCUAACCUCUUACGAGUUUUACCAAGUACCUGGGUGACUUUUUUAGUUUAUGAGAAUAUGAAGAUCAUAUUACCCAAGCUAGGACCAAUAUAA